AUGGCGAAGCUGUUGCUGUUGUGCCUCGGGCUCCUCAUUCGACUCCUCUGGCGCAGCGCGUCCUCAUUGAGCCUCUGGCUGCCCGUCACCUCCAGCUGUUCGGGUGUGCCUGCGGUGCUGCCACGAUUCUUGGGACGCGGGUCUCCCACAACGAACACAUCGGAACCUCUGAGGGGGAAUCGGACACACUCACGAAGAGCUCCGGUGCGCUUUUGGAGGUCUUCUCGUCUUCCGGG